AAAGAACUCUUCUUAAUGGAUUAUUAAAGAAAACCAUUUACAGAUAUCAAAAGGAAAGGUUUUUAAUAAGAUUGAGAGAGAGAGAGAGAGAGAGAGAGGCAAUCGUGAUAAGAGAACCCAUAGGCCCUAGAGAGAGAGAGAGAGAGAGAGAUGAUGUUCUUUAUAGGAUGAACAAAACAUCCUCUGUUUCUCUAUUCUUCUUUUCUCUUCACAUUUCCUCAUCUGGGUCAUCUCCAAAAAUGAUUUGAGGAUCACCCAAUUUCGCUAUUUGAUCAGGACAAGAACAAAAAGAUCAGAUUCCGUCUAGAUUUGCAGACAACCAAAAGAGCUAAUAAGAGAUGGAAUCGGAUCUGGGGAAGCUCUUCAUUGGUGGGAUUUCGUGGGACACAGAUGAAGAAAAGCUAAGAGACUAUUUUAGCAAGUACGGUGAUGUGGUUGAAGCUGUGAUCAUGAGAGACCGUGCCACAGGACGUGCUCGUGGCUUCGGAUUCAUCGUCUUCGCAGAUCCUUCUGUCGCAGAGAGAGUGAUCAUGGAGAAACACAUCAUCGAUGGCCGCACGGUUGAGGCGAAGAAGGCCGUGCCUAGAGAUGACCAGCAAGUGUUGAAACGGCACGCAAGUCCUAUACACCUUAUGUCACCUGUUCAUGGUGGUGGUGGCAGGACAAAGAAGAUCUUUGUAGGAGGAUUACCGUCAAGCAUCACGGAGGCGGAGUUCAAGAACUACUUUGAUCAGUUUGGUACAAUUGCUGAUGUUGUGGUGAUGUAUGAUCACAACACGCAGAGGCCAAGAGGGUUUGGCUUCAUCACAUUUGAUUCAGAUGAUGCUGUUGAUAGGGUUCUCCACAAGACCUUCCAUGAGCUCAAUGGGAAACUAGUCGAGGUCAAAAGAGCUGUUCCCAAGGAGGUCUCUCCGGUUUCUAAUAACCGAAGCCCGCUUCCUGGUCCUGGUUAUGGCACCAACUCUAAUAGGAUCUCUGGUAAUAGCUACUUUAAUAAUUUUGCUCCUGGUCCUGUUUACUAUAACAAUCUAGGCUCUGUUGGUGGCCGGUUUAGUCCUGUUAUCGGUAGCGGUAGGAAUCCGGUUUCUGGUUUCGGCCUCGGUUUGAAUCAUGAGUUGAGUUUGAACUUGAAUCAAAGCUACAAUGAUGGAACAACCUCUACGUUUGGGUUUAACCGGAUUCCGAGCAACCCUUACUUCAACGGCGGUUCACCAAACCGUUACACCUCUCCUAUAGGGCAGAACAGAACCGAGUCUCCUUACAAUCCGAACAAUAGAGACUUGUGGGGAAACAGAACCGAGGCUGCUGGUCCCGGCUGGAACUUGGAUGUGUCGUCUAUUGGAAACAACAGAGGGAGCUGGGGACUUGCUUCUUCUGCUGCGGUUGGUAAUGAUAACAAUGGCUACGGAAGAAACUUUGGGACGGGUUCUGGACUUUCUGCGUCGCCGUUUAACGGUUUUGAAGGUUCUAUAGGUGAAUUGUACAGAGGCAGCUCGGUUUACAGCGACUCAACGUGGCAGCAGCAGCAGCAGCAGCAGCUACCACAUCAGUCUUCUCACGAGCUAGACGCUUUGUCUCGCUCGUAUGGUUAUGACAUUGACAAUGUAGUUUCAGACCCAUCUGCAAAUGACUCAGAAGGUUACAAUGGAAGUUACAAUGUUGGAAAUAGACAAACUAAUAGAGGUAUUGCGGCAUAGGUUAUCAAAAACCAAGAAAAGAGAUGAGAGAUUUGUAGAUUGAAAGAAACCAAUUUGAAUUGCAGAGUUUGAAGAGGUUCUCGUGACAAAAGAAACCAAACUUUGUUAAUCACAGUGAGUCUUUGCUAAAGAUUAAGCUUUACUUUCCCUUUGUUAGACCGAACAAAACAAAAACAGAACAGAUUUUUGUUUUCUUACAUAAAAGAUCAGAUUGUAGCAGCAGCCAGAGAUACAACAAGUUGGAUGAAGAUUAUCUUUCAAAGUUCUUCUCAAAAGCUUUUUUUUUUGUCUUUAUCAUAGAAAUAACCCAACAAAGGUCGUAUAAUUUUCGAUCAAGAUUCUUCAGGGUUCUGUGCUCUGUUUUGUAAUUUUAACUUUUUGCUUUGGUUUUCUUCUUCUAAAAUCGAAUUGUUCAUGAAAACUUUGAUUUUACUUUUUUUUUUUUAAUUAGCGUGGGAGAAGAUAUUGUGUAUGAGAGGGAUAUGACUAUUUUGUUGCAUAUAUCCCUAAUGAGAUAUAUUCACUUUGGUUUAUUUUAUAGUUAUUAUCAUAUGAUUCAUG